AUGAGGUGGAAAUUUUUCGUCGUCGUUUUAUUCUUUUUAGUCGUUUCAUGUAUCAGAAUAUCCUACAAUUUUUUUGUUUCUGCUGUUCCCACCACCGUAGCUGAAAGUGGUGUCACAGCACAAGGAGAUACGAAACGAGGAACGUUUAACUUGAAAAAUUCCAUAUUUGCAUCAUCUCAAACAACAUUUACGAUUCCGCAUAAAACACGUGAAUUCGAUUUACAUCUGUCAAAAGUUGAUUUAUCCCCUGAUGGGUAUCAACGUAAAAUCUGGAGUAUGAAUGGUUCAUAUCCUGGUCCUACGAUCGAGGUUAAUAAAGGAGAUCGAGUUUUAAUUCACGUACAUAAUAAUUUGGAAGAACCCACGUCAAUUCAUGUACACGGAUUAUAUCAAAGAGGAACUCCUUGGAUGGAUGGUGUCCCUUUUCAAACGCAAUGUCCUAUACCUAAUAAUGACACUUUCACCUAUGAUUUUUCUGUUCCCGAUCAAAGUGGAACUUAUUGGUACCAUUCACAUUACUUCUCUCAAUACGUCGAUGGAAUGGUUGCAGCAUUUAUCAUUCAUGAUCCCGAGGAUCCGUACCUUAAUGAUUAUGAUGAGGAACUGAUUGUUAUGAUAACAGAUUGGUAUCAUGAAGAAUCCGCAAUUCUUUUAAAGCGAUACCUUUCUCCUGACAGCCAAGGGGAUGAGCCUGUACCGAAUAAUGGACUUAUCAAUGGAAAAAAUAAUUAUAAUUGCGAAUGGGCGUCAGACAAGUCAAAUUGCUUCGAGAAUGCGGGUCACUCGAAAUUCACAUUCGAAACCAACAAAAGAUAUCGCAUUAGAAUUAUCAACACGAGCGGGUUCUCGGCGUUCACAUUUUCAAUUGAUAAUCACGAGAUGGAAAUUAUAGAAGUGGACGGUUCGUUGACGCAAAAACAUAAAAUCAAUCGCUUACCCAUUCAUGUUGGACAACGUUAUUCAGUGUUAGUGACAGCGAAUGCAUCACCUGAAUCAAAUUAUUGGAUGCGUGCCAAAUUUCAUAAAGAUUGUUUGCCAGAAAAUACGAAACAUCUCACAAGUACUGUUAAAGCUAUGGUACAUUACAAAGAUUCUCUAACACAACAACCAGGUUCCGAACCCAUUUCUUCUAACUCAUGGGAAGAUAACGUGGAUGGAUGUGUUGAUUUGGAUGCAAAGUUGUUGAAACCGUAUUAUCUUGAAAAGAUUCCUGAUGCUACUAGAAAAAUCGUUUUGAAGAUUGAAUUCAAAGAAGAUGAAAAUGGCGUUGAAAGAGCUUUUGUUAAUGGAUCAAGUUAUGUGCCGAAUUUGAGAGUAAACAAUACUUUGCAAAAUGUUAUUUCUGGUAAUCAUGAGUUUGGACGUAAUCAAAAUGUCUUUAUUUACAAUAAUACUCAAGAAGUGGUUGAUCUUGCUUUUAUCAACACUGAUGAUGGGGAACAUCCAUUUCAUCUGCAUGGACAUAAAUUCUGGGUACUUGGGUGGGGCAAUGAAACAAUGUUUCCUGAUUAUUCAAAGCUCAAUACAAUCGACGCCAUUCAAAGAGAUACUUCAACAAUACCACCUAACGGAUGGACUGUAAUUCGAUUUAAACCAAACAAUCCUGGAUGGCAUGUUGAGGCCGGAUUACUUGUACAAUUUGUUGAAUUGCCUGAAGAAAUUAAGAAAUUAAAUCCACCAAGCGAAUGGUACGAUUUAUGUGAAGUUAAAAAAAUACUAUAA